CAAAUUUAAUGUGUGUAUAUUGAGGGUUGGAAUGUGCCAAAUUGGUGGGAUUGUAGGCAUUUCCAUGUUUGUCUAUUCAUGGCUCACUGUGGAGAGCACAAAUUGUUACAAGUUAUUUGACUGCUUUUUUGGGAGGAGAAAAGGAAGAAUGCAGUGAAUGUUCAGGCUAAUCUAGUCUAAAUCACUUAUUCAGUCUUUUAGCAACAGCUCAAAGAUGGAUUGUGUUGCCCUGGGCAGAAGCACCAAGCAUGCAUGUUUUAUUUGAUGCACUGGGCCAUGUUCUCUGCUGAUCUUGCUUAGGUUUCUGAGAAGAAAUAGAAGUCUGUGAGUUCCAGUUUAGUAAUGCAAAUUAGUUCUUGGUCAGAAAAGGAAAUCCUUUAGAUUCUUAAAUAAAAUGAUUGUUCAUGGUAACUGCCUUAAAGUGUGUUCUGUUGGGCUGGAGAGCUCCUAUAGGGGUCAAGAAAAAUGUUUUAAGUGGUAGGGUAUGCACAUGUACAAGUUUAAUCUGCUAACCAAGGGACAGCAUGGUGUCAUGCUAGUUUGCACAACAGAUUAUAGUAGCAGGAUGCAGCAGAGAUUGGGAUUGGAUUCUACAGCACAGUAGGUCUUGUUUCACUUACCUCCCAUGGGCAAAUAAGUCAGUCUUCAGGCCUCAGUACCCCAUCUAUAACGGGGAUAAUAACACUUCCCUACCUCACAGGGAUGUCAAGGGGAUAAAUAAUGGAGCUGGGCAGGAAAGUUUGUUUGACAGGUAAACACAUUUUCUCAUACUGAAUUUAGAUGACUCUCAAACUUUUGCAAAACCAAAAAUCCAACAACAAAAAUAUCUUUAGGGUGCUCAAAAUAAUUAGAAAAAUUGAAAAAUUAAUUUUUUUUUCAAUAACUGAUUUGAAAAAUUCAUACAGCUUUAUCCUUUCCUGCAAAAAGUUUCAGUUUUGACCAAUCAGAAUUUUUUGACAAAUCAAGCAAAUCCCAACUGGAUGUAACAGAUACUUUAAAGAUCAUUAGAGAGUCUGACACUCUGUCACUGUCAAUGGGAGCAUAGAUCUAGUCCAGUACCCACUACCCAAACUUUGGGAAGGCAGUUUACAAAGAUAAUAUAGUAUCUCCAUUCUACAGAUGGGGUAAAAUGGAGACACAAAAAAGCAAGUGAUUGGCAGAAUCACGAACAGAUCAGCCCUUAAAAUGUUCUGCCUCACAUGACGCAAGAUUAAGUUCCUUAUGGUGAUCUGUUAUGUUCUGCUUGAUGAAGUCACAGUAUAUAGUAUGAUAAGAAGGAAAAGGCAUAAUGACAUCACAUAUAGUUCUAAUGCAGUACUGGUGAGCAGUGAUGUCUCAGUUUACUAAGAUAUGAAGGGAAGCCACACCGAUUUACCUUCUUGAAUAAGUUGCUAUGGAAAAUUUGGUCUCGCAAAGUUUUAGGAAAGAAAAUUUUAAAAACCCAUCCAACUAAUCAGAAGUGUAGUAAAUGAGGCUUUAAUAUGGCUUACUACCAAGGUCUUUAUAAAGUAAUGUAGUGCAGGGAUAAGAUGCAGUAUCUGUGAGUGUGGCUUCUGUUGUGUCUUCAGAGAAGAGACAUUGUUAGGGGGUAGUUUAUUACCUUACUGUGCGCUCUUCUGGUUUUCUUUAUUUCUUCCUCUUUUCCACACUCUACCAAUUCUGCCUGUUUGGACUGACUGGAUUGUUUUGUAGCAACAAUGCCACCAAAAAGAAGAAAAUCCCCAGAGAGGCCCUGGCAGCAGAAGUCCAGUGUUCGUUACAUUAGAUCACAUAUAGGAGGUUUAGGAGAGGAAACUGCAGGCUUUGAAUCACAAGCCCCUUCACACAAGGUUCAUUUCAUGCCAGAUCUACAUUCAAGGAAAUCUGCUUCUGAAUGUGGUGACUGUCCUAGAAUCUCUCUGUGGACUUUGUUAAAUGCUAUUAAGACCAUGGAAGAAAGAUUGGAGGGUAAAAUAGACAUCCUUGCACCAAGGCUAUUGAAAACUGAAUGGUCUACAGAACUUAGUGAAGAUUUCAUGAGGGCACAGGCCAUCCUUGAACACAAAGAAGAAGAAGUUUGUAUGGCAAUCAAGUCCCAUGAUGAGGCAUUACGAGAGACUCAGAAAAUUAAGGGGCACAUAGAAGCCAUCAAAGAGAGGGAGAAGCAAAAGAUGGCAAAGUUACAGCACCAACUACAGGAGGCAAAGGAGGAUAACAAUAAGGUGACAGCUGUGCUGGAGAAUGUGCUGGUUUCUCACAGCAGGAUGCAGGCAGCUCUGGAGAAAGUCCAAACUGAGCUGGGGUGCAAGGAUUCUGAGAUCACAGGGCUCAGAAAAGACCGGACCCAGAGCCAACAAAAAAUCCAGAGGCUAGAGGCAGAAUUGGAACAGUGCCAAGCCAAACUGCUUGUCAUAGACUCUCAGCACAAUAGUCAGGUGGAUCCACUUUGUAAAGCACUAGAUGUCGCUAGAGCGGAUAACAAGAAACUUGCUUUGAGUUUGGAACAAGCUCUGCAGGCCAAUAGUACCCUGCAGAGCAAGCUGAUACAUACUCGGGAAGAACUGGACAGAAAAGAAAUUGAGCAUCAGCAAUUGAUGGCCUGCAGGGAGCAGCUUAUUGAAGAAGCCAAGAUGGAAGAAAAGGUGUAUACUGAACGCUUGGAGGCCCUGAAGAAGCAGUUUCAGACUGAGCGAGAGGCUACAAGGAAAGCAAAUUACAGGGAAUCUGCUGAGCUAAAGAAAGCCCUUGAAGAGGCUUCUUCCAAGUCUGCUGAAGUGUCCCGAGCUAAUAGGGAGCUGCGGCAGAAAGUAAUGGAAUUGGAAAAGUCAUUGGUCAAUUACAAGGGGAAGCUAAAGAGCCAAAUGUCUCAAAUCAGACAAUACAUGACCUCCAAGGCUAACAACAUCCAGAACACACAGAAGAUAAAGGAGAUUGAAUCUGAGCUGAAGCAAAUGGAGCUGAUCAAGGAGCAGUAUCAGAAGAAAAACUAUGAGCAGGCACUAAGCAUCCAGAAAUUCAUGACCGAGUUAACAAGUCUUCAGAGUGAUAUGCAGACCUUGGCCAAAAAUCAGCAUGAAGUGGCGACACAGAACAGGCAGCUGGAGACGCAGCUGGAAAUGGAGCAGAAAGUGCGGCAGCAACUAGAGAACCAGUGUCAGAAGCUAGAAGAUACAGUCAAACACUUGAAGAAAUGCAAAGAGGAAACUGAGCAGAAACUGAAAGAAGCCAGUGUAGAAUCAGAACAGAUCACUGCUAACCUGGAGGAAGCUCACCGCUGGUUCAAAUCUAAGUUUGACAGCCUGCAGCUAGAGCUAAUGAAAAACAAACAGCAGAAUAUUCCCAGUGAAGGGAACUAUGGCAAAGAGAUGGAAAAGGAAAAGACUGUGAAACUCCCUACCCAAGCCUCUGUGAAUCGCUGGGAGACAAAACAGCAGCUCAAAUUCAUCUCCAGGAAGUACCAGGCUGAGCUAGACAGGAAGUGAUGUCAUGUAACCCAGGAGAUUCUAAGUGCCAUACCACCCUGCACCUGUGAGUGCCACAGUUCAGAUCAGAUCUUCACAUGCUGGAAAAACUAAGAUUGAAGCAUCUUGAUCUAUAGGUAUCUGCAUAUUUCAGAAGAUUUCUGAGUGGGUGUAAGCUGAGAUCCUAUAUGUACUGGAUCUACUCUGUAUCAAAGAGGAAGACCCUCCAAAUAAAAUUAACAUUUUCUGGCUGGCUGAUGGGAGAUCAGUGCAGACAGGUUUUAUGUACUCCAGUUCACCUUA